AUGGCUCCCCUGGCCUUGGUGGGGUUCGCACUCCUCCUGGGGGCUCCCCCGUGCUCGGGGGCGGCCACCCCGACCCCCUCCCUGCCGCGUCCCCUGGCCAAUGACAGCGACGCCAGCGCAGGGGGCUGCCAGGGCUCCAACCGCUGCCAGCCGGGGGUCCUGCUCCCCGUGUGGGAGCCCGACGACCCAUCGCUGGGCGACAAGGCAGCUCGGGCCGUGGUCUACUUCGUCGCCAUGGUCUACAUGUUCCUGGGCGUGUCCAUCAUCGCCGACCGCUUCAUGGCGUCCAUCGAGGUGAUCACGUCCAAGGAAAAGGAGAUCACCAUCACCAAGGCCAACGGCGAGACCAGCGUGGGCACAGUGCGCAUCUGGAACGAGACGGUGUCCAACCUCACGCUCAUGGCCCUGGGCUCCUCGGCGCCCGAGAUCCUGCUGUCGGUCAUCGAGGUCUGUGGCCACAACUUCCAGGCGGGUGAGCUGGGCCCGGGCACCAUCGUGGGCAGCGCCGCCUUCAACAUGUUCGUGGUCAUUGCCGUGUGCAUCUACGUCAUCCCGGCCGGCGAGAGCCGCAAGAUCAAGCACUUGAGAGUCUUCUUUGUCACUGCCUCUUGGAGUAUCUUCGCCUACGUCUGGCUUUAUCUCAUCCUUGCUGUCUUUUCCCCAGGGGUCGUCCAGGUGUGGGAGGCGCUGCUGACCCUCGUCUUCUUCCCGGUGUGCGUGGUCUUCGCCUGGAUGGCGGACAAGCGGCUGCUCUUCUACAAGUACGUGUACAAGCGCUACCGCACCGACCCGCGCAGCGGCAUCAUCAUCGGCGCCGAGGGCGACCCCCCCAAGAGCAUCGAGCUGGACGGCACGUUCGUGGGGGGCGAGGUCCCGGGCGAGGUGGGCGGCCUGGGUCCCGGCCCCGCCGAGGCGCGCGAGCUGGACGCCAGCCGGCGCGAGGUCAUCCAGAUCCUCAAAGACCUCAAGCAGAAGCACCCAGACAAAGACCUGGAGCAGCUGGUGGGCAUCGCCAACUACUACGCGCUGCUGCACCAGCAGAAGAGCCGCGCCUUCUACCGCAUCCAGGCCACGCGGCUGAUGACCGGCGCGGGCAACGUGCUGCGGCGCCACGCGGCGGACGCCUCGCGCAGGGCCGCCCCGGCCGAGGGCCCCGGCGACGACGAGGACGACGGCGCCAGCCGCAUCUUCUUCGAGCCCAGCCUCUACCACUGCCUGGAGAACUGCGGCUCCGUGCUGCUGUCGGUGACCUGCCAGGGCGGCGAGGGCAACAGCACCUUCUACGUGGACUACCGCACCGAGGACGGCUCCGCCAAGGCCGGCUCCGACUACGAGUACAGCGAGGGCACGCUGGUGUUCAAGCCGGGCGAGACACAGAAGGAGCUGCGCAUCGGCAUCAUCGACGACGACAUCUUCGAGGAGGACGAGCACUUCUUCGUGCGCCUGCUGAACCUGCGCGUGGGCGACGCGCAGGGCAUGUUCGAGCCCGACGGCGGCGGGCGGCCCAAGGGGCGGCUGGUGGCGCCGCUGCUGGCCACGGUCACCAUCCUGGACGACGACCACGCGGGCAUCUUCUCCUUCCAGGACCGCCUGCUGCACGUGAGCGAGUGCAUGGGCACCGUGGACGUGCGCGUCGUGCGCAGCUCGGGCGCGCGCGGCACCGUGCGCCUGCCCUACCGCACGGUGGACGGCACGGCGCGCGGCGGCGGCGUGCACUACGAGGACGCGUGCGGCGAGCUCGAGUUCGGCGACGACGAGACCAUGAAAACCCUUCAGGUGAAGAUAGUUGAUGAUGAGGAAUAUGAGAAGAAGGACAAUUUCUUCAUCGAGCUGGGCCAGCCACAGUGGCUGAAGCGAGGGAUUUCAGCGCUGCUGCUCAAUCAAGGGAACGGGGACAGGAAGCUGUCGGCGGAGGAGGAGGAGGCUCGGAGGAUAGCAGAAAUGGGCAAGCCGGUUCUCGGGGAAAACUGCCGGCUGGAGGUCAUCAUCGAGGAGUCGUAUGACUUUAAGAACACGGUGGAUAAACUCAUCAAGAAAACGAACUUGGCUUUGGUGAUCGGGACCCACUCGUGGAGGGAGCAGUUUUUAGAGGCAAUCACGGUGAGCGCAGGGGACGAGGAGGAGGAGGAGGACGGGUCCCGGGAGGAGCAGCUGCCGUCCUGCUUUGACUACGUCAUGCACUUCCUGACGGUGUUCUGGAAGGUGCUGUUCGCCUGCGUGCCCCCCACCGAGUACUGCCACGGCUGGGCCUGCUUCGGCGUCUGCAUCCUGGUCAUCGGCCUGCUCACCGCCCUCAUUGGGGACCUCGCCUCCCACUUCGGCUGCACUGUUGGCCUCAAGGACUCCGUCAACGCCGUCGUCUUCGUGGCCCUGGGCACCUCCAUCCCCGACACGUUCGCCAGCAAGGUGGCGGCGCUGCAGGACCAGUGCGCGGACGCGUCCAUCGGCAACGUGACGGGCUCCAACGCGGUGAACGUGUUCCUGGGCCUGGGCGUGGCCUGGUCGGUGGCCGCCGUGUACUGGGCGGUGCAGGGCCGCCCCUUCGAGGUGCGCACCGGCACGCUGGCCUUCUCCGUCACGCUCUUCACCGUCUUCGCCUUCGUGGGCAUCGCCGUGCUGCUCUACCGGCGCCGGCCGCACAUCGGCGGCGAGCUGGGCGGCCCGCGCGGCCCCAAGCUCGCCACCACCGCGCUCUUCCUGGGCCUCUGGUUCCUCUACAUCCUCUUCGCCAGCCUCGAGGCUUACUGCCACAUCCGAGGCUUCUAGAGCGCGCCCAGAGACUCGGCCGCCCCCUGGAGACAGCUGCACCUGCUGCCUACUCGCUGGUCUCCGUUGGCCUCCAGAGAGUCAGCCUCCUCUUCUGGGACUCAGCCUCCCUUCCUCCUGGGAAUUGAUCGCCCCUCUCCUCUGCCCCCACUAACAACCUCCUCUUGCCCUUGGGAGCCUCUCCAGGUCCUCUGGCGAGUGACUGCAGCCCAUUCCUGUUAGCUACUGUCUACACCCCUGGGGAGAUUGCCACCUCGAGGCCCUUCCCCUGAGACCCUCCCCCCAGCGACCUUCUAGAGAAUCUAUCAUCUCUCAGCCCAGACACCCAGCCUUGCUCCAUCCCUUAAGAGCCCCUUUCGCUAGAGGAGCCCACUACCACGGACCUGUGCCCCAGGGCCUCAGAACUUAGCCCUCCCUGGGGGACCCUUCAAGGAGGCUGAUCCAUCCCAGAUGUCACAGAUCUCAACCCUUCCCUGCAACCCUAAGGGAGCUCCGUGCAGCCCCAGAGUUGGGGGAGGAAAGGGCGGGUGCGUGCAUAAGGGAGGGGCGUGCCUUCCCUGAUUUCUCUGCUGGGGGCCUUGGGAGGACACUCAUCCUCGAGGCUUGGAGAAGGGGAGGGGAGCAGUCUGGGGUUUCAGAGCUGGAGGAGGAACAUUUGGAACCUGCAACUUCUCACAUUCCAGCGCCCCCAGUCGCCUCCACUACCUCUGAGAGCCCAGCCACGCCUUGGGGGGGGGGGGCUGUGUGUGUAUAUAGUGUGUUUGGGGGA